GGUCUACUGGGAAGAGUAGUAACAUGAAAGUACAAGACAAAAUCAGAGUUUUUUUAAAUGGAAUUUUUGACAUUUCUUGUAGGAUAUCGAGGAAGUCAAAAGGAAGGCUAUGGCUGUGGAAGAGGAAAACAAGAUGUUAAAGGCAAAGAUCAAGGAGUGGAAAGAAAGAUGGAAAGAAAGGGAAAAGGAUGAAAAAAGAGUUUUACAAGGACAGAGAUGCUUGAGACAAGAACUAAGUGCCUUACAAUACAGAUUAGGUCUUCGAUUCUUUGCUGAUGAUGUGAAGGAUAUCGAGAAAGUCAAAAGGAAGGUUAUGGCUGAGAAAGAGGAACAAGGACGGAGAAGCUUGAGACAAGAACUAAGUGCCUUACAAUACAGAUUACGCCUUCGAUUCCUUACUGAUGAUGUGGAGGAAAACAACUUCAAUCGUCAGCAGGAUGAUGAUGUCGUUGAUUGACAGCAUACAGCAGAAGGGAAACCAGGAAUUGGUUACACAGGUAUCCCUAAUGAAGGAAUACAUGUAUGAGGCCUAGCUUCAAAAAACGUUAGAGUAAUUACAGCAUUAGAGCCCGGGUGUCUGGUGCACCGCACAGCACCCCCUGGAUCCACCCUGUACACUGAAGUAGUUAUCUAGGUCUGCUCAAAUAGGACAAUGUCCUAUGGGUGUAAUGUGUAAUGGUGCAUGCUCCAUCAACGCACUGCAUAUUAUGCCAUGAAGUGGCUAUAUAUUCUUCUGAUAAGAAAAAGAAUGUAGCCAGUCACAUGAAUACAGGAGUGAGCCUUUCUUCAAUAUCUGAUCACCAAUAUUAAGAAUUGAGUUGGCUAAUCAGUCCUUUUCACUAAAAAAUGGCAACAUGGCAUGCAGUAAAUACAAAAAACACAAACGAAGUGUGAAGAAAAACAUGAGGCUUGUGCAUGCUGUUAACAUUUGGUUACGACAUGACAAAAGCUAAUAACCAUGACUGACUGUGAGGUUGAUUCAGUCAGUGGUUUGAGAGGUGUCAGUAGUUGUCAGUAGGUGUUGAGUUAGAUGUCAGUAGGUGUAAUAAAGAAAAAUAAGCUAAAACAUUUUCUAGUCAGUUCGCUACUGACCAAGGUUACACUCGAAUUGAAUACACAGUACUAUAUCUACUGAUCCUUUUUAAGGUUUAAUGUAAUUUUGAACAUUUUAUUCCAGAGAGUCUGAAUAUUGUUCUAUAAUAUUAAUAUCUCAACAUUAAUAUGGCCUAUUGUAUAACAUCUAAGGAGUUGAAAUGAAGAAUUUAUAGAUAGAAAAAUUACGUGUGUCAGAGCCACAUGGAUUUUAUGAUUUUUAAGAUAAGAUUUUUGAUUCAACGUAAUUGAACAUUCUCGCUAGCCGAUCAAGCCAAUGCAUGCCUAAGUACAAGCACAAUCCAACAAAAACUUGUGUUCUCUUAUGCUUGCAUCACUUCUUUUUAUGGUGCGAAGAUGCACUAGCUUGGAGGUUACAUCUGCUUGUGUCGCUAGUAAGAGGUUUGUAUCAAACCAUUAUUUUAGAAAAUAUUUAAUUAUAGAUCGUAACGCUUAAAAGAAUUAAUUUGCUUUCUUGUUGCACUGCAGUUUAAUCUUAAGUUUAUGUUUAUUGUUAAAUUAGAGUAAAGCUACAAAAUCAUUAAAAUUGUGAAGUUCAUAAAA